GUGGUAAUACUUUUACUUACACAUUAUUAUCAUCUAAGUUUAAUCCUACUUCGGCCUUUAGCUUCCAGUCUGGUGAUCGGUAUUGGAGUUCUGUCCUAGAAAAAAAUAUUAGAAAUUUUACUGGGUCACUUCCUAAGACAGAGCUUGAUAU